AUCAGCUCUUGACACCAAGUCAGGUACCAAGGUGGGUUGACAGGCUUGACUACACCUCACCUGGCUGGUAUAUCAGCCCCUCGCCCCCCUCCUUGUGUCUCUCGCCUCUGUGCUCUUACCCCUCAAGCCUGGUUGUCCUUCGCUACUCUCGGUUCUUCUGCCCAUCCUCUUACAGGGGGAGCGCCAGUCUGACCGUGCACUGCAUUCCAACUCUACUUUCAAGUCCGAUACCUCAAUCCUUCGCUCCAGUCUGGCCAUUAUCGCCAAACGUCAUCGUCCAGCCUUGACACUACAACCCGACGACGCUUGCGUCCAUCCGUUCAUAUCCUCCAUCAAACCACCCCUAGAACCUAGGAUUACUACGUCGACCUUUUUACUUUCUUCCAUUCCUUAUUGAGACUACACAUCUCUUCCAACAACCCUCGCUCGACGAAUCAUCAUGGGUCUCCUGCCACUCACCUACCGCCGCCCGGUGUACGUUAACAACUCGGCAGGCGAAAGCUCCUCCGACGUUUCCGACAGCGGCGAUGAGAAGCAGAGCACUACCGCCUCGUCUUUGCGCUCCGGCCAGUCCGGCACGCCCCAGGGUAUUCCUGAGUCUUUGACAUUCGACAAGAUCAUCGACGGCGGCACUUGUCCUCCAUGCACUGUUCGUGACUUCAUGAACUACCUAAUCUACAUUGAGCAUGCUGCGGAAAAUUUGCAAUUUUUCCUCUGGCACCGUGACUAUGAGAAGCGUUUUGGCGAGACCAAAACUUCAGACAUUUCACUCGCUCAAGAAUGGACCCAGAACAUGGAAAACGAUGUUCUGCAACGCAUGUUCAAGGAGAAGUCGCAGGGAAUGCGCAAGAAGCCUGGGCAGGAGAUCUUUAAAGGAACGGAUUUUGAGAAGAAGGGCCCUGUGGCGGCCAUCAUCGAGGAAUCCAACCCCUUUUCGACCCCGCCCCGAACACCCCACGACCAGGAGUCCGUCUACACCGGGUCCAACGGGGUUUCGAACGCCGACUCGUACCGCUCUCAGGCCAGCGAGGCCUUUGCUUCCGCCGGCGCCAAACAGCCUUUUACGAUUCAACCGUUUCGCGAGGAGUUAGAUCGUGUUAUCGCCACGUACAUCAUGGAGGGAGCGCCGCGACAGCUUAACCUUUCUGCCAAGGAGCGCGAUGCCACUCUCCACGCUCUCGCCUACACCACCCACCCUAGUGCUUGCCGUCUGGCAAUCAAGGUCAUUGAGAACUCGCUCCGUCAGCAAGCACACCCCAACUUCAUCCGAUGGUCGAUUUGCAACGGCAAUCCCGCUCGCGUUUUCUUCGCUCGCGCUCUCGGCGUUGGCCUCAUUGUCAUUGCUUUCGUUGCCGCUAUUCUCAUCACUCUCAGCCACGCAGGCCGCGGCUGGCGAGCACUAGCCGCCAUUGGUUGGGUUUUGGGCAUAUCGACAUUGGUCGCAGCCUACAAGGGCAUGUGUGUCGUUCUUCACGGUAUGCACCAUCGCCACGUCCGCCCUUGGGAGCUGUUCGUCGACGAGGAGAGCGACGAUGAACAGGGCAAAACUUCGUUCGAGUCUUUCGGAACGACCAACAGCUUCGAGUCGGAGCCCUGGGUUAUUAAGUACGAAAAGCGGAACAUUGUUCGCAAGGUCUUUGACCGCGAAGUGUGGAUCGAGGAGCCUGCUCUGCGCACCAUUCAGGACACCAUCUUCUUGCAGGCCAUGCUGUGCGCCGUUCUUCUUGCAGGUGUCUUUACGGCCAUCUUUGUAGCGAUUCCCAAGCACGGCUACUUCUGAGGACUCUGUAUCCCAAAGCACAAAGGCCGCCGUGGCCAAGGGAACAAUUGAAGUUGCUUCGGAUGGAGAGCCGAUACCAAAGAUACCUGUUUGCUCGGCAAGCAGUUUUGGGAGGGACCAUGGUUAACAUGGUGUUUCGUCCGUGUACGAUUUAGUCAGGUCUUGAGAACAUUUUCUUUUGUCCCAAGAAUUGUUUAUCUGCUUCGUAACUUUUAUCAACAUUUCCCCUUAUUUCACCUGCCUCUUCGUAAUAGAUAUCUGGUCUACUUAGUUCAUGAUUGAGAAGCCGACACCAGUCGCCCACCGCAGCUGGCGACGGCGGAAGUGUACAGAGGUGACCCUUUGCACAGUUGGCCACACGAAUGGGAGUAGUCUCGAGGUUGACCGCCUGGUGUGUGAUGUGUUGUGUUAUGUUGUGUUAUGUUGUG